UUGUCUGCGAGUUCUGUGACAUGCUGUGACACCAAGUGAUUCAGAAAAAAAUCAAAAAACAUUUCAUUUCAGAAUUCCUACUGAAAUUUAGUACAUGGUCCUAUCUGACAAUAUUUAGAAAUUAUUUUCGCUGCAGGAAAUUUAAACCUUUUAUAACUAAGUAAUAAGUUUUGAAGUGGUAGAAGAAAGAUUUGAAGCUAAGCGCAAAAUUUAUUUGGUUUAUCUUGUUUCAUGACAUUUUGUCGCUGCCUUCUGGCUUACGAACAGUGCAAAUGGAUGAUACAGUGACUUCUCCAGGCAACAAAAUGGGUGAUUCCGCAUCGGAAAGUGACUCGAGUUCCCUCGAUGGCGGUGCAAUGCUGCCACCGAGCACUGUCUCUCGUGAUCAGUUGCAGAAAAGAAUUGAAUCAUUACAGCAACAAAACAGAGUUUUAAAAGUUGAGCUGGAUACUUACAAAUUGAGAGUGAAAGCAUUACAGGAAGAAAAUCGUGCACUGCGACAAGCUUCUGUUUCAAUUCAAGCUAAAGCAGAGCAAGAAGAAGAAUAUAUUUCAAAUACACUUCUAAAAAAAAUUCAAGCUUUGAAGAAAGAAAAAGAGACUCUUGCCCAUCAUUAUGAAAGAGAAGAAGAAUGCCUAACCAAUGACCUAUCCAGGAAAUUGAAUCAAUUACGUCAAGAAAAAUGCCGCCUGGAGCAGACACUAGAGCAAGAACAGGAAUGUUUGGUGAAUAAAUUAAUGCGCAAGAUUGAAAAACUUGAAGCGGAGACUCUUGCAAAGCAAACAAAUUUAGAAAGGCUUCGUAGAGAGAAGGUAGAAUUAGAAAACACUUUGGAACAAGAGCAGGAAGCACUAGUGAAUAGAUUGUGGAAACGUAUGGAUAAACUAGAAGCUGAAAAGCGUUCACUUCAAAUAAGGCUUGAUCAACCUGUUUCUGAUCCAGCUAGCCCUAGGGACAUCAGUAAUGGUGAUACAGCAUCUAAUUUAAGUAACCACAUUCAGACUCUGCGCUCUGAAGUUGUUAAAUUAAGAAAUCAAUUAGCAGUUUCUCAAAAUGAAAAUAAAGAGAAAAUGCAAAGAUUUGCCUUAGAAGAAAAACAUAUCAGAGAAGAGAAUCUGCGUUUGCACCGGAAAUUACAACAAGAGGUGGAACGUCGGGAAGCGUUGUGUCGUCAUCUCUCUGAAAGUGAGUCAUCCUUGGAGAUGGAGGAAGAGAGGCAAUUCAAUGAGGCUUUAAGUGCGCGGUCACGUAGUGUUUCGUCGCCCGGAGGGUCAAGACCGCUGUCACCAUACGCAUCGCCACUGUUGCCUGCGCCCACCGGCCUGCAGCACUCGAGACCAUCGCUACAUUUCAACUCUCAGGGGAGAAGAACAAACGAACGGUUCGUGAAACCCGCGGUGCCAGGCGCCGGGGGUCUUCCACCACGAGCGCCACUCGACCCGCCCACAGUCCCAGCGCCCGUCGUACCCCUCGCACCACCCGCACCGCCUUCGCCCUCCAUGCAGCCCGCCAGCCCCAUGGACACCUCCUCCAGAGACUAAACAGACUUGCCUGUAAAUCGCGUACCAGGUUCUAGCAAGCCGGCAAGCCAGCUAACGGCUUUCUGCGUCGAAAUGAUACACAUUUAGAAAACUGUCGGUACUGCAUAAACACGGUGCCUUUUCAUCGUCUUACAUCGGCUGGGCCUUUAAACUACCCGGUCUAGAAUAUCUCCAGGCAAUAAUCAAAAUAAAUUGAUCAAAUAAACCUAUUCAAACAUUUUUAUCGCUUCAAUUAAUGGCCGGAACAGUCAUAUAAGCUCACACUUACUUUAAAGUGGUUCUAAAUGCACCGAAAUAAUAGAUAUUUUAUUUAUUCAAAAUGUUUUGUUGACAAAUAUACUCGGUAGCCGUUCCAAGAAGAUAAGUCACCGUGUUUUAUCGUAAAAUAUAGAUGGUUUCAAAAUAGAGCGUGCUUGACUAUUUUGUUUUGUGGCUUAAUCCAUAACUGCGUACUGGUUUUAUAAUAGUAAGGUAUAUGUCGGCCGGUAUUAAUGAUUAAUGAAUAUAUAGAUUAGCUAUCUGAAGUUUGUAUGCCAGUUCCAUAAACUCUCUAUGUGACAGAUGACGAGCACAAAACUCUCAGACUGACAAACUGCUUGCGAUUUUAUAUCAUAUGCCUUUACUAAGCCACCAGUUUUUGGUAGAGUUUCGUAAAGUGCCAGAUGGCGAGUGCAUUUCUUACCAUUUUCGUGUGAGGAGUUGAACACUCCAAAAUCCUCAAUCUAAAUACGCGAACUCUUUGUAUGCUAAAUAUUAGCAGAACUGCAACAGAGAUGCCAGGCGCUCAAAGGACAACCGCAAAAAUGUUAACAAGCCAAAAGCCUGUUAAUUGUUGCUCAAUAAAUUUAACGUAAUUUUAUGAGACUUUUUCUAGAGUUUUGAUUUCUGUACAAUGCAAUUUUUAAAAAUAGGAAUAGUAUUUUUGUUUUUCUAAAAAAAAAAACGUUUUAUAGAUGAUGGCAUAAAACGAAACUUAUGUUACGAUGUUAUUCCAGUGUGAAUUGUCAGUCAAUUGCUAACAGCUUGUUGUCAAUUGUCAAUGUGCUAACUGACAGUUUAAGAACGAUAUAUAAUGUUUUAAAACAUGUUGUUUUCUUAAUAUUUAAUGUCUCGCAAUCUCUAUAUUAAGAAAAUAAGGUUCCAAUAGGUCAAAUUUCUUAGCGCCCUUUUGUUUUCAGUACUACCUCUCUAUAGAAAGCUGCGGUUGUCCUUUUUCGUCACGUCCCUCUAUGCAAGCUAAAAACAAGUGUGUCCCUGUGACUUAAGAUAUUUCGUUAAUAACGCCAUAGUAAUCUCAGAAGGCAUGUUUUAAAUAUUGCAAAUUACGAUGAUAGAUUAUCAAGUCAAUAUAUACGUUGAUGUAUCUUGUAUUGUUCCAUUGCAAUUGCACAGACAGUUGGCAAUUCCGAUGCAUUUAUUUUGUCUCUAAAAGAACUGCACAUAAGCUGCAAAGUUGCAAUCGAAAUGCAGUUCAAACGCGGAAUGCUGGUAUGUAUAGGCAUUUACUGGGUGUCCUCGCUAUGCUUCAGACGAUAACAUUAUCUAAGUUUUAUGGAGAUUUCUGUUGACAGUUGUUUAAUAAAUCAAUAGUUUAGACAUUCUAAAGGACUAAAGUUCCUGUGUACUGUGCACUAUUCCUAGUGCAAUUUGCGACUAGUCUUCUUCAUUUAGAACACAUUAGACACACUCGUAAUUAGUUUUUUGGAGACAGGUCGUCACUGGUUACAAAAUGAAAAAAAAGUUACUAAAUAGGGGGCAUGUACAUCCUUAAAAUGAGAUUUAAACUUUUUCGAUAGUAAAGUCGUUUUGAAAAUCGAAACCAAACCAAACCUAAGAUUAUUUUAUACCUCAAAUUAGUUAACACGUCUGGCUCGUGAUUGAAUUAGAAUAUACAUAUAGCUAUAUUCCAAUAUAAUCGCUAUUCCAAAGAAAAUAUUGUGCAUAAUGCGAGGGCUGCGAGUUGUGUACGGAGUGCACACAUUUCAUAUUAAUUGUACCUUUAGUUAAAUAACUUAGAACACGCCACGGCACAUAAAACAAUCACAAGUUUUCGAAUGCUUGAGCAUUCGAAAAGCUAGUAAUUGUCUGCGAGCUAGCUUGCAACUGGACUGAACACAGUUUAAACAGAAUUAUGUGUAAUGAUAAACUUAUUUGUAUACUCAUUGAGAAUACCGGCACGCAAGUAAAGCCGAGCAGACAUACCGCAGGGGUUGCGGGCAAGAGGGGAAGGGCACCACACUCUGGAUCGCACCCAUUCGCUGCCUUAUCGAGCGGCCAAAUCACUACACACAUAUAUUAGUAUUCAGUGAUAAGUGGCGUCUUCUCAAUUUAAAUAUAUUUUAAUGUUCUCAAAACGAUUUCAUUAUGCUCAUUUUCUAUGACGCUAUAGUGUUUCGGCACUCAAUAACGACUUUACGAUUGGGAGCGUGCAAAUCAUAUUUUAUUAGGUUGGUAUGGCAUUCUGCCCGACUGUAAAGAUUCGCGCAUACCGAGGUUAGGCGCGGCUUAACGCAUUGAAAUGCAAUUUCAAUGCAUUCUACUCCGGUCUGUCCAAAAUUCUAAUAAUUUUAAUAUUAUAAAAAUAUUUUCGGAAUCACGUGAUACUAGACCAAUAAACCGAGACGAAACUUUAUCGGUCUAUGUUAAAUCGAAAAUCCUAUGACCAUUGCUUUAUGACACAUUUUAUAUUGUCACAAAUGUAGUAGGUAUUUGAGCUCAACGAUGUUGAAAAAUACACUCCAAUUUUUCUCCGAAAUGUGAAAUAUACCAAAAAAUAAAUUCCAAUAGAUGAAAUGUGAACAAAAAGUAAAGCUAACUAAAAAUAUAUACAAAAGCAAAUUUCGCAACGAAUUUAGAAAUUACGAUUAUAUAAAUAAAAUAGACAUCUGAAUGAGGGUAAAAUAUUACCGGAGGAGUGUAAAUUGUUUUCUAUUCUUUGUUAUUAGUUUCUAGACCAAAAAGAAACUUACAUUAUUAUAUGUAAAUCUUCCUCUCAUUGGUGCCAAUGACACACAUCUCUUAAAUUAAUUUUAUACGUCUAAAAGUAUUGCCGUCCUUUUCAUUCUUUGCGGAAAAGGAUAGCACUGUUUAGAUAUGUACAGAGAUUUGUCUACAACAGAUUGGCACCAUUGUCUUUCUAAUAACCGAAAGACGGACAACUACGCAUAACGCGUAACUUCGCGUUCUAAGGCGUGAUAAUGGACACUAUUACCGAAACGGGACACUAAGUUUCUAAUUGCUUACAUCGAAAACUUUAAAAGUAAAGAAAUUGAAUGUAAAUAAUUUAAGCGAGGGUAAAUAAAGAAUACCAUCUUAUAAAAAACAAGAAAUUUAUUUAAACUUUUCAAUACUAAAUUUUUGUGUAUUGUACGUUUGCACGCCCUAAUUUUUCAUCAGUUUCAAAUAAUUGUGUUUUUAAAUCUAAACACGGCAGCUACACCAUCUUUUGAUUUAAAGUGUUGUUUAAAAAACAUUAAAAAAGUAAAUAUUUUUUACACUUUUAUUCUUUUUUUAUAACGUACUUUGCACUAUAAAACGUAAUGAAAGUAUUGUUAACAUAGUGAGACAAGUUAAAUUAAAACAUCUUUUUGUUUUUUAUUUUAAACUUAAUUUUGAAAAUAAAGUAAGUGUCUGAUUGCGUAGCGCCAAAAUUUAUAGGUAUCUUGAGAGACCUGCCCAGUAAUCAUGUUAAUGUUUGACCACCUUAUGGAAUAUGACCAAAACUUGUAUUGAGACUUAAGUAAUCAUUGGAUCACAUAACUAUAUUGGAUUAAGUCUCAUGGCGAGUUCACAAUAUGUAACACACAAAAACGAGGUGUUGUAUCAAAUGUAUGAUAAAUCUAAAACAUAGCUUCAAGCAUUUAAUGGCACGGCCUAGAACGAACGUUGAUUUUAAAAAAUUGGUCGUUGCUUUAUUAAGAUAAUUUGAAUUAUUUAACAAUAUUGUUACUAUGUCCUCGCUGCUGGCCACUAAUUAUUUAUAUUGCCAGUUAAACGGCGAAAAGUUUAGUUAUUAUUUUAUCAUAUGCGGCGGUAAGGUAGACAUCUUUUGGUUGGUGUUAAAAUGCAAACGACUUAUUUAACAGUAAAUAUAACAAGUAAAGUCUAUUUUUUAUUAAAUGUCUUUCAAUGUAAACAAUUUUUACAUUAUUUUUCAGUACAUACAUAGGUAUGUGAAGAAUAUAUUGUUCUGUUUUAAUUUUUUUAUUCAUUUCUAUACAGUUAUUUUUUUUAAAUAUACCUUAUACUAAAAAGUGAUAAAAAAAUUGUUUACAAUACAAGUCGGUUGGAUAAAAUCGAGAUAAUCUGAACGCGAGGCAAAUAUAAAUCCAUCCAUGUAGCAAACAUAUGCAACAUGGAUGGCACUCCGCAAAGCUAUGCGCUCCUAAGCGGAACAGCAUCCAGGUUGCGCAACUUCAGAUUAAACAGUUUCGGUUGAACUGUACAAUACUAGACGGUUAAUGUGGCGUGCUUCGCAGAGGAUUUAGAAGCGGCGCUGUGAUGGUUAUUCCCGUAAUCCGAUCCCUGCAACCAAUUAAAGUCUUCUUUAUUUAUUACGCGCAGAAGACGCCUCGUUAACGCCCUUCACGAAGGUAACUCAGUUUCAGUUAGUACUUAUAACCUCUGCGCACGUGCACAAAAAAAGUUUUGCGUUUGUAUUUAUAUAAACCAGAUUUGUCUAUGUAGACACACUUCCCUGGGAACGCAAAUGCCAAUGCAUUUGACAAAAUACAUACGUCGAAACCAAACGCGCUCCUUAUCGUGUUGUAGGCGCGAUUGAGUCGAUACAAAUCCGACAAGGGUGUGCACUAAGUACGUCGUCUGCGUCGCUUAGUAGAGUACUCGCAAAAUAGGUACUGAUUUUCGAAGUUGCAAUAAAGCGGUAUGGAUCGCUCACGGUUCUGCCGAGAUCAUUUAUUAUACUAGUACAUUGCGCAGCCAUACGCCUAGUCUUCAGGGUCCUAAGUCUGCUAUAACAAAUGCUUCUCAGUAGUAAAUCAAUUACAUCAUAGUAGGUACUAAUAAAAACAAUAAAACGGGUUAUUAACAUUAAGCUUUUAACAAUAAAUAAAAAUUCGUGGGUGACUAUUUACCGUAAGUUUUUUUUUUUAACAAAUAAGCAUGCACUAUUGAUUGCACACCAACCAAUUCUUGUUGCACAUAAUAUUUUUAUGUAGAUAAAGGUUUUUUAAUUAAUAUAUUUUUUAAUUAGUACUAUUAUGUAAUGACAUCAAUGAUCAAUGGAUCAUAAUGAACUAUUGAGACAAUAAUUUUAAUAGCAGAUUUGGGGCUUUGAUGACUACUAGUUCUGCGAUCUCUGUACAAACUCUGUAUGGCCUUAAAGGUUAUCGUUACUUCCCACACGAGCUCUUACGUUUUUAAAAUAAAAUGCACAUCACUCACUGCCACUUACACGUUAGGUACAUGAAAACUGGCCUUUGCAGUGUUGCGCGGCUUAACUUUUAGGCGGCUUAUGUGUCAGGAUCAGCGUCAAGAACAUUACCUCGAGAUUUUGGGAGAUAGUAUAUGGAUAACUGCACUCAUGACUUUAACUAAAAGCAAAUUCUAAAUCUGGUAACCAAAUCAAAGUCAUGCUUAAAUAUAGCCGAGUUGAGAAGCUCAAUUUUAGAAGUUUAUUCAAUUUAAAAAUAUGGUAUUUUUUUAAACUGGACUUCAAAAAAGAAGGAACAUUAUACUAAUCCGAUUUCCGUGCUUGAUUAGAUAAUUCGUUGAUUUCCGUUUUGCAACCGUAAAAAAUAUAUGAUUCAUAGUUUGGAGUAUAGACUAUAGUCUCUUGUUUUGUCAUGUAUACAAUAAAUAUUAAGUUUUGUAUAUUUGGUUGCCGGGUAGCGUACGGUUGAUACCGGUUUUUGAGCUUCAAGAUAGCACGAUCACGGGCUUAAAACAAAAUUCGUGCAACACUCGCGCAGGUAUCGAUGUUAAGUUUCUCCUACAAAAUAUAAGUAAUAAUAUUAAUGAUAAUAUUCAACUCGCAAUAUCUUGAACAUGGCUAACGGCGGAAUACUGAAAAGUCAAUUUAUAUACAUGUUAGGAAAAUUUAGAUUUUAACUUUAUAGUUGCUUUUUGUAAUCUCGCGGGAUCUGUUUGUUUUGUUGGGCUGAAAGCUAUUUCUAUGAAAAAGAGUUUUAAAUAUUUCGGGUAGUAAUUACUUUACUCUUUUUUUUAAAGUGGCAUAAAAAUAUAUGUAUGUGUGAAUCAAUAACUGGACCAAGCAUGAUUGUUUGAGAAAAUUUACCAUAAAUUGUCAGAUUUUCGCUUUAAAAGCUAUCAAAGUUAUACUGAUGGCGCCAUCAGUGAAUAAUUGAAACUAAAUGUAUAUAUUGUUACUCUAAAGUAAAAUUAUUUGAAUUAAUGCUAGCUUUUUCUUAAUAGAGGUUUUUGCGUGUUCGCUAAUAAGGAAUCAAAUAAAAUUGGCGUGCACAAGGUAAGCCAGGUUCCACACCAAAAUACUCAAAUACUCAAACCCCUUUGACUGUCUUGGAGAUGCUAUUUGAGAACAGAAAGGUCCUUAGUACACUUGGAUGCUAUAAAAGCAGGAAAUUGCGUCAAGAUCGGUUCAGUCGUUGAGCCCUGCCGUAUGUUAUAAACAAAACAUACACUUAAGCUUACGAAAUUCGAGUUUAAAGAUUCUUUUCGGUAUUCGGAGUCAGUCAUUUUCCUUGCUUAGAUCUAUUUAUUAUUACGUUUGGCGACAUCUGGGGUAUUACUGCUACAUAUUAAAACAAUAUUACAAUUCUGUGACAAAAUGUCAACUAUAUUAUAAUAAUACUGCUAAAAAGCAACGGUAGUAAGGCCUCCGUACGCUGUUAUCUCCAACUUGUUCUUACUUUAAUCAAAACUGACACACUGUCUUUUGUGUAAAUGGUAAUAUUGAUAGUAACAAGCCGCGAAAUAAAGAUGCAAGAAUAUCUAAUAAUACCUAUACCGCCGCCGAUUAUGAUCCAGAAGCGUUGAAACAAUACUGCGUAAUUAAAAACUAACUUAAAAAUUAAUACAAUAGAUAAAAGUGAACAAAAUGGUCCUUCACACAACUAUAUUAUUGAUUUUAUAGAAAAUUAGUUUUUGGAUUUUACGCUGUAUUGUAUUACGACUAAAUUACGUUUAUGUAAUGAUAUUUUAAGUUAAAUGCCGAUUUUACUAAUCGCUUGGAGUUAAUAAUACUAUAAUAUUGUAAAGGGCUUCUAUGUGUGCGGCAGUGGGUAUAAUGUUAUAGACUGUAUAAAUUCAUAUGUGAAUAAGGGUUAUUAAAGAGUUGUAAUCUAUUUGAUAUAUAUCAAGUUUUGGUUCCAGUGCACUACUCUCUGUGUGUCGAUUGUAAAAGAAUGUAUGUUAUGACAUGUUAAGGAUGCUGUUUUGUGCUGCGCUCUCAGAAGUGAGUUGUUAUGUUCAGGAGACUUGGGAGUAGUGCCGCUGAGCUUAUUGAUUCGAUUCAAUUAUGCAAAUUUUCACUUAAACAGUUAUUUUUUUCAUGUUAAUAAAAGAAAAUAUAUGCAUUAAUAUUAA